GCGGAGGUAGCGGCGGCGGCGCCUGCUGCCCGUUUCCUGCUGGCCUGGCGGCGGCUGGUGCCGCUGCUGCAGCAUUGGGCGGGCGGGAGAAUGCGGCGCCGGUCUCGGCUGAUGCUCUGCUUCGCUUUCCUCUGGGUGCUGGGCAUCGCCUACUACAUGUACUCGGGCGGUAGCGCCGCGCUCGCCGGAGGCGGCAGGAAGGAUGACCCAAAUAACGUUAAUGCAUUAAACAACAAAGAACAACGCAGUAGUAAUGGGAACGAAAAAUUGCAAAACAUCGAGACCCUACCUCCAGGGAAAGUUAGGUGGCAAGAUUUUGACCAGGAAGCUUAUGUUGGAGUCACCAUGGUCAAAGCUGGCCAAGACCCGUAUGCCCGUAAUAAGUUUAAUCAAGUGGAAAGUGAUAAGCUGCGCAUGGACAGAAGUGUACCAGAUACUAGACAUGAUCAGUGUCAACGGAAGCAGUGGCGAAUAGACUUGCCAGCUACCAGUGUGGUAAUCACCUUUCACAAUGAGGCACGAUCGGCUUUGCUUCGAACAGUUGUCAGUGUUCUCAAGAAAAGCCCAUCACAUCUUAUCAAGGAAAUCAUACUUGUAGAUGACUACAGUAAUGAUCCUGAGGAUGGUGCGCUCCUUGGUAAAAUUGAGAAAGUGCGGAUACUUCGAAAUGAUCGCCGGGAAGGUUUGAUGCGCUCUCGAGUCCGAGGGGCAGAUGCAGCACAGGCGAAAGUACUGACGUUCUUGGAUAGUCAUUGUGAAUGCAACGAGCACUGGCUGGAGCCUCUUCUAGAGAGAGUAGCUGAGGACAAGACCCGAGUUGUGUCUCCUAUAAUUGAUGUGAUUAAUAUGGACAACUUCCAGUAUGUUGGAGCAUCGGCUGAUUUAAAAGGAGGCUUUGAUUGGAAUUUGGUAUUCAAGUGGGAUUACAUGACACCUGAGCAAAGAAGAGCACGGCAAGGAAACCCAGUUGCUCCCAUAAAAACACCAAUGAUAGCUGGCGGACUCUUUGUGAUGGACAAAUUUUAUUUUGAAGAGCUGGGAAAAUAUGAUAUGAUGAUGGAUGUAUGGGGUGGAGAAAAUCUAGAGAUUUCAUUCCGUGUUUGGCAGUGCGGAGGGAGCCUAGAAAUAAUCCCAUGCAGCAGAGUUGGCCACGUGUUCCGAAAACAACACCCUUAUACCUUCCCAGGAGGAAGUGGUACUGUUUUUGCAAGAAAUACACGUAGAGCAGCAGAAGUCUGGAUGGAUGAAUACAAAAACUUCUAUUAUGCAGCAGUGCCUUCAGCCAGAAAUGUACCUUAUGGCAAUAUUCAAAGCCGAAUGGAGUUGAGAAGGAGACUUAACUGCAAACCAUUCAAGUGGUAUCUUGAAAAUGUGUACCCUGAGCUAAGGGUACCUGAUCACCAAGAUAUAGCUUUUGGGGCCUUGCAGCAAGGAACCAAUUGCCUUGACACUUUAGGCCAUUUUGCAGAUGGCGUUGUUGGUGUUUAUGAAUGUCAUAAUGCCGGGGGAAACCAGGAAUGGGCCUUAACAAAGGACAAGUCAGUGAAACAUAUGGAUUUGUGCCUUACUGUUGUAGACCGAGCUCCUGGCUCACUCAUUAAACUUCAGGGCUGUAGAGAAAAUGAUGGUAGACAGAAAUGGGAACAGAUUGAAAGCAACGCAAAACUGAGGCAUGUGGGCAGUAACCUCUGCUUAGACAGCCGAAAUGCCAAAAACGGUGGUCUGACGGUUGAAGUCUGCAAUCCCUCGCUAUCGCAGCAGUGGAAGUUCACGCUGAACCUGCAGCAGUAGUAGGGCUUGCUCAGGAGGACUGUUCCCGUUUCCGAAACCUUGGGCAACAUUUUGAUUGCAUUACUGAUACUUUAUAUACCUCAGUAUUCCAUCUUUGUCUGAAAGUAGGCGACAAGUGAACAAAAGGGAAGCAAGCGAACUGGGGACCGUGCCAUUGCCUGGUCCAACGUAGCUGCUGCACGACUCGCUCCCUUCCACCGCAAAGGCUCACCAGUUCCUUUCCAGCAUCAAGCUAAAUCCUUCCACAGCAGAUGAAUAAGAUUCCUAGGAAAAAACAGAUGUACAGUAGUAGGAAACUGAUUUCAACACACAGAAGAGGGGGAGGGUGGG